UUGUAGAGCGUUUUUUACUGCAUCUUUUCUUCAUAGAGACAAAUUUACAACCACUUGUUUCACUAUAGAAAAAUUUAUUAUUCAAAUCGAGUCAGGACUUCUGGUCCACCCUUUAUACAUGAUUACACGAUGGAACAAGAUAAAGGUGAAAAGGUUGAACCAUUGAAGCAUUUUUUCAAUCAACAUUUGCAAGCUAUUGUUGAACCAGCAGUAAAUAUUUCAGUUGAUGAACAAAUGAUUGGUUACAAAGGCACAACAACACCAAAACUAUUGAAACAAUAUAUGCCUAAUAAACCAAACAAACGUGGUUUUAAAUUUUGGGCACGAUGUGGUGUAUCAGGAUUUGUCUAUGAAGCGGUGCUUUGUUGUGGUUCGGAAAAAAAUGUUGUUAGCACAUUAUCUCUGCCUUCUUUUUUGCGACUUUGUUCUAUUUUAUCUGAUGAAGGUGCCUUUGACGUUGAAACAAUGAGAAUAAAGAGUCUAUAA